AUGCCUUGUAAUCUGAUUAAAUUCCCUCUCUUUGUUAGUGAGCAAGGAUUAGACAACCUACAAUAUUAUAAGUAUAAUGGUGUUGAUUUAAGUAUAAUGGUAAAUUAUUUUUUAGGACCUUAUUUCUGGAAUAUAUUGAUAGAAAAGUUUCCAAUGUGGUUAGCACCAAAUAUGAUAACACUUACUGGUGGACUAUUUAUGGGAGUUGCAAUGAUUAUGAUGAAUAUUUUUCUUGAUCCUAAUAGUGAACCAAAUAUUUUUAUUAAUAUUCUUGUUAGUAUUAUGAUAUUUUUAUAUCAAACAGCAGAUAAUUUAGAUGGAAAACAAGCAAGAAGAACUAAGUCAUCAAGUCCAUUAGGAGAAUUAUUUGACCAUGGAGUUGAUUCAAUAAUGAUAGGUAUAUUUAGUUUAGCCGUUGUAUUAAAUCUUCAUCAAACAACAACUAAAUGUUAUUUAUUAAUGAUAAUAUUAAAUACUGUGUUUUAUAUGUCUCAUUGGGAAGAAUAUCAUGUAGGAACAUUAGUAUUAGGAUAUAUUAUGAACCCAACUGAAUUACAAUAUUUAACAAUAGGAUUCUUAUUAUUUCAAGGAUUUUUUCCUAAAGCUGGAGAAAUAAUUAUUUUAAUUAUAUCUAUUAAUGAUUUGAUCUAUUACUUUAUUUUAAUUUGUUGUAUUUUAGGAUGUUUUAAAUAUUAUUUAAAUGUUUCUCAUUGGGCUCAAAAGAAUAAUACAAAUCUUUCAUCUGCAAUAUUUUGUAUGACACAAUAUUUUAUAUUUUUAAUUUUAACAUUAUCACUUAUUCUUUUACUUCAUAUAAAUUCAGAUUAUUCUAACAAAGUUUUUUGGCUUAAUUGUUAUAUAAUUAUUCUGAUUAAUGCUUAUUUAACUCAAAGGUUAGUUGUAAAAAGAAUAUGUAAAGAACCUAUUUCAAUGAUGGACAAUAUUUUCUAUGGAUAUGGAUUUUAUAUUAUUAUCCUUUCCAUUGCUUUUAUACUCCAUAACGAAUGUUUAGCUUUUCUAAUUACUGUUGGGGGACUAAUUUUUGCUUUCUUUAUGGAAUCGCUUUUAAUUGGUGAUAUUUGUUAUGCGUUUUCUCGUCAUUUAGGAAUUCAUGUCUUGACUAUUUCACCAAUAGAAGAAAAUGAUGUUUAA